CGACUUACGGUGUCGCACAGUCGAGCGAGUGUACAGGAGGCAGCAGGCAGCUGACGAGGAGCGAGCUGGGAGGCGACUCCAGCCUCCUCUCCAGCAGAUUGCGCCUCCUGUACAAUGGAAACUAAAGGGUCGAGUAGCAGACGGAAUGGUGGGCGCUGCUGCAGGGCAGGUCAGCAGGGGUCAUGAGGGUGUCGGAGACCUCGGUUGCUGUUCAGAGCAGCUGAAGCAGACAUGGGCAAAGACAUCUUGGAUGGCAUCGGUAGGCUCAGCCUCAUUGACUUUACCAGCCGCCUCCUCCUUCUCAAAAAUCACCAUCGGCUACCAACCAAGUUCUCUAUAUUUGCCACCAUCUCCCAGUAGGACUUUGCAAUGAGAAUGUCCGAUACCGUUGACACUGAAACAAUGAAGGUUUCCGAAGCUGCUGACACUGUGUCAUCUUCAAAAGACAACACCACCAAGACUGAGAUUUUGGACCAGAGCGAGGGCAGCAGAGAUGACCACAGGAGCAACAAUAAGAAAGAUGGACAGCCUGUGAAGUACUCUAAGUCCAACCCCAGGCUAAAACUCGUGCGAAGCCUAGCUGUGUGUGAAGAGUCCUUUCCUUCUUCUAUUGCUGAGCAGUCAGCUGCACCUCAGGAUGGAUUUCUUCUCCAGCCCUUUGAAAAAGAAGAAAGAUCUACAAAGGACCAACAUGAGAAAGAGGACGGCUGUGACAAGGAGGACAGACCUGAGAAGACGUUGACAAAAAUGUUGUCUCGAGAUUCCAGCCAAGACUACACAGAUUCUACAGGCAUCGAUCUCCAUGAGUUUCUGGUCAACACACUGAAGAGCAACCCCAGGGAUCGAAUAAUGCUGCUGAAGUUGGAGCAGGACAUCUUGGACUUCAUCAGCAAUAACGAAAGCCAAGAAAGGAAAUUCCCGCCCAUGACUUCCUACCAUAGGAUGCUUUUACACAGAGUGGCAGCCUACUUUGGCAUGGAUCACAAUGUGGACCCCAGUGGAAAAUCAGUAGUGAUCAACAAAACCACCAACACUAGAAUCCCCGAUCAGAAAUUUUCAGAGCACAUCAAGGAUGACAGGGCAGACGAUUUUCAGAAACGCUACAUUCUCAAACGAGACAACUCCAGCUUUGAUCGUGAAGACGGCUCGAUUCGAAUGCGUUUGAAAGCUGACAAGAGGAGCAAAUCGAUGGAGGAGAGGGAGGAGGAGUACCAGCGAGCCAGAGAAAGGAUAUUUGCACAUGAUGGAGAUCAUUUCAUUCUCGAUAGAAGUGCUCAGGAGGACGAUGCAUGCAUGAGCACCCAACAGAGGCGCCAAAUGUUCAGGUUACGGGCAGGCCGCUCAGGUGCUAGCCGUCAGAGCAGUUCGGAGACUGAAACACUGCCGCGGCACGGUGAGCCUCGGCCGUGGAGCAGCACAGACAGCUCAGACAGCUCCAACCGACUCGCACCGCGGCCAGCCAUCACCAAGGCCAGCAGCUUCAGCGGUAUUUCUCCCAGCCUCGUCCGAGGGGACAGCACCGCCAGCAGCAAGAGCACUGGGAGACUCUCCAAAACAGGGUCAGAGUCAUGUAGUAGUGUUGGCUCCUCCUCCAGCUCACUGUCUCGUCCCCAACUGGUGCAUCCACUUUCAGCGUCGUCCCGUAACAUCACCAACACGCCCAUAAGCCACUCUGACACGAGAAGCUCCGGGCACUCUGAGAUGAUCAAGAGCAUCCUUUCACAUCCACCGCCAACUACAGACACAGCAAACUACUACGUGUUUCCGCUGGAGGCCUCAGGGAUACCACCUGGCAGUGUUUUGGUCAAUGCGCACGCAGGCAAACAUUUCAUCCAUCCUGAUGGUAAUGUGGUCCUUUAUAACCCUGCCAUCGCUGCCCCUAAUAAUGGUGGCAGGAGUUCACAGCAGGGGAAAAGCCAACAGCAGCCAAUCCCACCUGCCAACCAGCAACAACAAUCCAAUCACCUCCACUCCCAGCCAAUCUGUCCUCCUCUUCAGCCAUCCUCUGAGCCUGUCCACAACCCAAUGGUCUCUUAUCCUCUUCCUCCUUCUCAGUUCCUGCCCGUCUGUCCAAACCAACAGUACACUGUGGCUGAUGCUCUGAACGCUCAGUUCAGCCACAUGACUCUGGCGCAGCAGCCGACAAUCGAGGGCGGACCCUCGGCUUCGGACGCCCGCCAUUAUCAGAGCGUCUACCACCACCCCUCCCCUGUGCUCCUGCAGGGAGGUCCUCCACAGCAAGUUGCUAGCUACGUGGUGGCAGGUCCAUCAGGAGGGCACCCUGGGGUGUUGCCGGGGCAGCCUGUCCCUCUCCCGAACCCAGGCCCCCCAUCUGCUUAUCCCACCACCACCCCUGGUCCUCCUGCUUUUACUGGGCCAACGGCAAUACUCCAGCAACACGCCUACAUCCAGCAGCCUGUCCAGCAAGUUUCCCCAUGUUACUGCUCAUCAGCCCAACACCCCCACUGUUCCAACCAGCAGCAGCAAUACCGGCCGCCUGUCAACCCGCUGCCCUAUAACUGCCCUCAGAGCCAAAACCUGCCCCAGCAGCAAGUGCACCAAGCCGUGAUGCCAAACCCAGCGUCCAGCUAUCAGACUGUAGCGGGCGUGCAGCCAACAACAAACCUUGCUCUCGCUGGCAACCAGCAAAGCAAUAUGGGAAACCAGAUGCAAGGCAUGAUGGUCCAGUACCCUCCAAUCCAGUCUUAUCAGCAGGUUUCUGUCCCCCAGCAGGCAUACCAGCAGCCAGUGUUUGUGUCCUGCCAGCCAGGACAGGCAGCAGUGGCUGUUGCUGGCAUGCAGCCCUGUUACGGCUUUGUCCCGCCCAGCCAGCAUACCACCAUGAGUUCAACCGUGAGCUUUUUGCCUGCCCCGAUGAUGGAGCAACUCCAGUUUCCCCAGAAUUCUUCCAACUGCAUCCCCCAGCAGCAUCCAGGCCAGCAGUAUGCAGGGUUGCUGCCGGUGCCCCCUGGCAGCAGCAUGGUUAUGCUGCAAAUGGCAGCACCUGCCUGCCAGCAGCCACGGGCGCUCUCCCCCUGUCAGCGGAAACAACCAAACCACAAACACAUUGACCACCAGCGUGGCCGCAGGCCCGCCGAUCUCCCACCUCCUCCAGACAACACCCAGAGCAGCCUGCCCUCGUCUCCGGCCCUCACUCCUUCGCCAGGCCAGCAGCCCAGCAUCAAGGGCCUCCCAUCAAUCAUCUCUCCUAUCUCUGUCAUGGGCCCACACCACCACCCACCGCUCCCUACAGCCUUCUGCCACAGUGGACAAGGUGAAGCACACUUUUCUCUACUGGGCCAACCUCUGCAGUACAAACCAUCCGUCAGACCUCCACUGAUCCACUCCGCCCACAUGGUCGCCAAACACCAGGGCCCACUCGGAGUUUGGCGUGGCGGACAUGGGAGGAAGGCCAGCAGAAAACCCUUGUCUUCAGAUCUCAGUGUAGGUCACGCAGUGAGCAGUCAGACCUGGGAAGUGACAGAUCAGACAGAGGGGAUCAGCGCUACAGACUCUCACCACCUCCUGGCACAACUCUGCAAAGGGGGCGAAAUCAUCCAGCGGCUGUCAGACCGACGGCCCUGGUCGGGUAACACGAGCAGAGCUGGGCUGAACCCCAGUGGGGAUUCUGUCUUUUCCACGCUCCCCUCUCGGUUUGGUGCCCAGAACAUCACGAUCCAACACAGCAGCUUCCCCAACUACCUUACCGAGUCCUUUGAGAAGAGGACGGUGGUUGUUUCCGGUGUGCCUCACGCGCUCUCCUCCAGUAGGAUGAUUGACAAGCUCAUCGUGCACUUCCAGAGCUCGCGGAGGAGUCGCGGCGGGGACGUGCAGGAGGUCAAAUAUCCACUAGCCUGGGCGGAGUGGCGUUUGUCACCUUUGACAGAGCUGAAGGUGUAUUUCUACGUAUCCAGUGCAACACUUGACCUCUCAGUCUUUGGCAGCGACCAUGCUGAGGUGCUUCAGAGUCUGAGGUCAGCGCACAGGUCAGUUUGUUUCGAGCUUUGCAGCACCAGACUGCUGUCAGACGACGGCAGACUCGGUCUUAAUCUGCCAGCAGCGUCUCAUUGUGAGCCUGUCAGUCCUCGAAGCGACUGCAGUUCUAAAAUCUGGAACCGUGAGCUCACUGGGCUUAUCAACACCCCUGCAGGACCACAGACAUCUCGAUCUCUCCAAAUAAUUGAGAAUCUGACAGUCAGGUGUUGGUGUAUGUCUCUCAUUGGUUGUGUUGUUUUUUUAUUUGUAUUUUUUUUUUUUUUCUGCUGUGCUUCAGGGUCAGAGUCAUGUAGUAGUGUUGGCUCCUCCUCCAGCUCACUGUCUCGUCCCCAACUGGUGCAUCCACUUUCAGCGUCGUCCCGUAACAUCACCAACACGCCCAUAAGCCACUCUGACACGAGAAGCUCCGGGCACUCUGAGAUGAUCAAGAGCAUCCUUUCACAUCCACCGCCAACUACAGACACAGCAAACUACUACGUGUUUCCGCUGGAGGCCUCAGGGAUACCACCUGGCAGUGUUUUGGUCAAUGCGCACGCAGGCAAACAUUUCAUCCAUCCUGAUGGUAAUGUGGUCCUUUAUAACCCUGCCAUCGCUGCCCCUAAUAAUGGUGGCAGGAGUUCACAGCAGGGGAAAAGCCAACAGCAGCCAAUCCCACCUGCCAACCAGCAACAACAAUCCAAUCACCUCCACCCUCAGCCAAUCUGUCCUCCUCUUCAGCCAUCCUCUGAGCCUGUCCACAACCCAAUGGUCUCUUAUCCUCUUCCUCCUUCUCAGUUCCUGCCCGUCUGUCCAAACCAACAGUACACUGUGGCUGAUGCUCUGAACGCUCAGUUCAGCCACAUGACUCUGGCGCAGCAGCCGACAAUCGAGGGCGGACCCUCGGCUUCGGACGCCCGCCAUUAUCAGAGCGUCUACCACCACCCCUCCCCUGUGCUCCUGCAGGGAGGUCCUCCACAGCAAGUUGCUAGCUACGUGGUGGCAGGUCCAUCAGGAGGGCACCCUGGGGUGUUGCCGGGGCAGCCUGUCCCUCUCCCGAACCCAGGCCCCCCAUCUGCUUAUCCCACCACCACCCCUGGUCCUCCUGCUUUUACUGGGCCAACGGCAAUACUCCAGCAACACGCCUACAUCCAGCAGCCUGUCCAGCAAGUUUCCCCAUGUUACUGCUCAUCAGCCCAACACCCCCACUGUUCCAACCAGCAGCAGCAAUACCGGCCGCCUGUCAACCCGCUGCCCUAUAACUGCCCUCAGAGGCAAAACCUGCCCCAGCAGCAAGUGCACCAAGCCGUGAUGCCAAACCCAGCGUCCAGCUAUCAGACUGUAGCGGGCGUGCAGCCAACAACAAACCUUGCUCUCGCUGGCAACCAGCAAAGCAAUAUGGGAAACCAGAUGCAAGGCAUGAUGGUCCAGUACCCUCCAAUCCAGUCUUAUCAGCAGGUUUCUGUCCCCCAGCAGGCAUACCAGCAGCCAGUGUUUGUGUCCUGCCAGCCAGGACAGGCAGCAGUGGCUGUUGCUGGCAUGCAGCCCUGUUACGGCUUUGUCCCGCCCAGCCAGCAUACCACCAUGAGUUCAACCGUGAGCUUUUUGCCUGCCCCGAUGAUGGAGCAACUCCAGUUUCCCCAGAAUUCUUCCAACUGCAUCCCCCAGCAGCAUCCAGGCCAGCAGUAUGCAGGGUUGCUGCCGGUGCCCCCUGGCAGCAGCAUGGUUAUGCUGCAAAUGGCAGCACCUGCCUGCCAGCAGCCACGGGCGCUCUCCCCCUGUCAGCGGAAACAACCAAACCACAAACACAUUGACCACCAGCGUGGCCGCAGGCCCGCCGAUCUCCCACCUCCUCCAGACAACACCCAGAGCAGCCUGCCCUCGUCUCCGGCCCUCACUCCUUCGCCAGGCCAGCAGCCCAGCAUCAAGGGCCUCCCAUCAAUCAUCUCUCCUAUCUCUGUCAUGGGCCCACACCACCACCCACCGCUCCCUACAGCCUUCUGCCACAGUGGACAAGGUGAAGCACACUUUUCUCUACUGGGCCAACCUCUGCAGUACAAACCAUCCGUCAGACCUCCACUGAUCCACUCCGCCCACAUGGUCGCCAAACACCAGGGCCCACUCGGAGUUUGGCGUGGCGGACAUGGGAGGAAGGCCAGCAGAAAACCCUUGUCUUCAGAUCUCAGUGUAGGUCACGCAGUGAGCAGUCAGACCUGGGAAGUGACAGAUCAGACAGAGGGGAUCAGCGCUACAGACUCUCACCACCUCCUGGCACAACUCUGCAAAGGGGGCGAAAUCAUCCAGCGGCUGUCAGACCGACGGCCCUGGUCGGGUAACACGAGCAGAGCUGGGCUGAACCCCAGUGGGGAUUCUGUCUUUUCCACGCUCCCCUCUCGGUUUGGUGCCCAGAACAUCACGAUCCAACACAGCAGCUCCCAAACUACCUUUAAACUCCGAACUAGUAACAGACAUAAAGGUGAGCUGUGUGAUUUGGACAAAGCCAGUUUGUAGCUGGUUCUUUGUCUGUGUGCGCAAGAAGCGCUGAAACCCAAAUUAAUGCACAUCCAACCACUUGCCUCUGCUGCCUCAGUCUGGACUGUCUCAGCUCAAAGUGCCAGACUCUCCAAAUCUAAAAUCGUAUCAGAUGGUUAAAAAAAAAACGAAUGUCAUUUUAUUUAUUUUUUUCUGGCCAAUAGAUCUGUGCAGGGUGGAACUGGAGAACCAUCUCAUACUUUGGGUACAUUUGUAAAAAUGUGACUGCUAAAUUCGGAUCUCCUGUACCAGCUAUUCUAUUUAUUGACAUUGGACAUAAUCCCCCCUCUUAUUAAAAUCUGUUUUGCUGAAUAAAAAGUGUCGAUGGUUGGCGAUGGGUUUGGAAAUUGUGUACAAUUGCAGAUUUUAGACUGACAGCAUCAUAUCAAGCAGAACGUACCUGUAAUUUAGUUGUUUGCAGAUCUGAGGAAUGUUUUAUGCUUAUGUUUCAAAAAAUUUAAACUGGGGCAGCGUACGGUAUUGCAUUUGAAGUACAGCCAUCAUCACCUCUCAGCAAGUAUUGUAUUUUUUUGUUUUUAACUUUCAAAAGCAUCCCUAAGUGUUGCAGCUGUGCUAGCUUGAUCCCAGGUUGUCAUGUAAAUCUGUGCAGCGUAACUGACAUGACAUUGAAGACAAACGUGUUUGAAACUCGUGAAUGAACAUCCCAAGAGCACAUCCAAAAAAGAUGCCAACAAUAUCCACUGAAUGAUGGAUGUACUACCUACAGAGGUCAAAGUCACUUUUCUGCACCGUGAAUGUUGCACUUGCACUGAAGGGUUGAGAUUUAAUUGGUGUUGGACAGGGCCUGGAUUUUCAUCUUUUCAUUCCCCCCCCCCCCCCCCUUGCACUCAGCCAGGCCACCUUUUUUUUUAAAAACAAAAAAACAAAAACAAAUAUUUAAUUAAAAUGUUUAUAUGCACAAGAAAAAUGCAAUCAAGCUUUUGUCAUUCUUACUUAGUUUUAUUUAGAUUUCUGUUUGAGUUCAUGGAGAUGUUUCUGGUGUGGGUUUUUCUUUUUUUUAUCUAAUAAAUGAUUGCACCACA